UCAACAUCCUGAGCCAUUCCGAGCCGGACUACAACAUCACUGACAGGGGCAGGGCUGCAGAGACCGGGCUAAAGGGCCCUGCUGCUGUGACAUGCUCUAAGAUGAAGGUAUGGAAGGUAGUGGUGGUCGCCUCAAUGCUCUUCAGUACCAUAUUUUCAGCUCUUGUUUACAGAAACAUGUCCAUUAGAGGGAGAACAAUUACUCCAUCCUCAUCAGAAGAGCAGCAGUCCCAGGACCCAAGACUGCCACCCAGCCCCCAGUCUUACAAAGUGAAAUAUAAGAACAUAUUUAAAACCCACAAUGAUGAGGAAGCCAAGGAGCUGGUUCGAGCCUUGAUUCAAAGAUAUAGAAGAUCACCAGAUUCGAAGCACAAGAGUCGGACUUAUUCUCGACUUGCGUUACGAAGUAAGAGAGCAAAAUCAAGAGCGACCAAAGGGUGUACCUUGAAAGAGAUCAAUGUGACUGUCAGUGAUCUGGGGUUCGCCCAUGUCUCAGAGGAGGUAGUGCGUUUCAGAUAUUGUACCGGAUCUUGUGAUGCCGAAGAGAAAAACUAUGACCUGACUCUGAAAGCCUUGAGAAAUUCAAAGCGAAUUAAAAAGGACAAGGUCCGAGCACGGCCAUGCUGUCGGCCUACGCUUUAUGACGAUGACGUCUCUUUCCUGGAUGAGAACUUUCAUUAUUACACUCUUCGACAACUCUCAGCGAAGGAAUGUGGCUGUGUUUGAGGGACAGACCACACGUUGCAAACACGUACGUCUCUUCCUCACAAUGAACAGGAGCCUUCAGACCUUGCUCAGCUCUGAGUCCCAGUCAGAGUGUCAUUUCUUGGCGAGAUGUCUACAGGAGGAGAUGAGUAGCUUGAAGAUGCGGAGGGAUCAUUAAUCUCCAACCCUUUGAGAUGAAGAGUUAGAGUGCAUCAAGGAUCAACAGCCUCAUCAAAGAACUUGUCAGCACAGUUUUGUUUGCCAUACUAUGUGGCCUUUUGUUUCCAAAUAUGCUAUAAAGUGCAGUUCUAUGGCCAGACUUGUGUCAGUGGGAAUGUGGGUUUCAUUUGCAGUUGACUCUCUUGUACUUUUCACCAGACUCAAUGGUAAUCCCAGGGUCACAGUCUGAGUAGAAGGAAGAUGCUUUGAAUAACUUCACCCUCUCUCUCCCUGUUAUUUCCCUUCCCUACUAUAUAUAUAUUUCACAUAUAUAUAUUAUAAUUUAAAAAUGCGACCACGAUUCUCAUUUAACUGGCCAAUGAUGCAGAACUUCAGGAGAUCUUGCUUUCCUGAACUUACAAGGAAGAAUUUUAAUGCUCUUAGUUAGACUGUGCCAGAGCGAGCAGACUGACUGAUGCUGAUAAGCAGGCACCUGUAAAUCAUAAUGACCUGAAUCCCAUCAAGUUUUAAGGAUUAAAUCAAACAAAUUAUUAGAGGAUUGUACUGGGUCACGGUGGCACUAUUGCAUUGCUAGUCCGCUAAAUCCCUUGUAAAAUGAUCAAACCAAAGUUGAUUAACAUUCAGUGAAUGUAGGGUGUGAAAUUCCACCAAGUUGUUAUUCACGACAGGCACAGAAAAUGUGGAUAAAAUUCAGAAUUCUGCAACGUUACCUGACUAAAUAAUAAGUUAGGUUAUUUGUAUACUCACAGUAUGAGAUAUAAGCAGUAGAUACACAGCAGUAACUUUCAUUCUCUUUGUCUUCCAUUAACUACAUCAGCCCUUUUCAAUUCCAUUGCCUGUGCUGAUUCCAUUGUCCAUUCUCUCUGUUCCUCCCAUUCCUG